AUGGCUGCUGCGACACAGCACCACCAGCACCAUCACCUCCAAACUCCACCGCCAUCCCCACAGACUACACGGCGCAGACACAAGAAAAAACCAGACCCAUUCGAGCAACUCGCAACAAGCCCGAUCCCAUCACCCCCAUCCUCUCCGACCUCCGCGCUGCAUGACAGCAACGAGCCUCUUCUAGCACGGAUCAUCCUAACCCCCGUCUUCUUCACGUCAUUCCUCCUAUCGCUCUUCCUGGUAAACUAUCGCAAUCGCGCCCGCCGCACGCACGCUCACGCAUCCACUUCUUCUUCUUCUUCCUCGUCGUUGUCGCUUCUAGCCUACCUGGUCCCAUCGCGAUGGCUCGACCCGGAACCUUAUCAGGACCCGGACGAUUCGACCUGGGGCCGUAGGGACACGGCGCACCAUGUUGAGCCACAUGAUGCUAUUUCGCCGAAGCCAGAUGCGCAGAGUGCGUUUAUGAGGCCCGGUGGAAAGAACAAGAAGAAGAAGAAGAAGUCGUGGCAUUUGAAUAAGAAGAUUCGCAAAGUGGCCAAGUUGGAGAUUGGCGAUGCGCUCGAGAUGCGCGGGCGUAUGAUUGCGGCUAUGGCUGUUUUUGUCAUUUUGGCUGGGGUGGUUUGUUGGAUGGGUCUAAGGUGGUGCUUUGCAUCCUUGUCGCAUGCACUGUCUGUGUCACAGGGACCUCAUGGCUCUGCAACGACAUGA